CAUCACAAUACCCCCUCCUCCAGACUCUCCCCCAUCUUUAUAUCCCCUCUCCUGUCUCGCUACCUCUUUCAUAACCUCUGCAGUAAGUGUCAGGGAAAGAUGGAGCGAUCUCUGCUUGUGUCUCUUCUGUGUGUGUGGGCCCUCAGCAGCCUGUCUGCAGCAUCAGUGGAUGCAACAGAACAGUGCCCAGAGAGAAUACUGGGUAAUGAGAGAAGACAAACAUGCCCAAAAAAGUGUCAGCAAGAUAAAGACUGUGGCAACAAACGUCAGUGUCUCUGCGACGGGCAGUGUGGACUCAGCUGUGUGGCCCCAGGUCGCACAUGUCCGUGGCCUCUCCCACCUGCAAAAAAUUCUGAUGUAGUUCUCCUUUCCCCUUUGCCCUCUUUCUCCGCUCUGCUUGAGGUUCGUUGUAAGCCUGGGUACACCAUGCAUAACGGGCUAGACGCUACAAUACGCCGCUGCCAGGGUGACCGGCAGUGGAGUGGAGAUGAGCCUGUUUGUACAGCCUCCCCAGGUGGAGGUCUUGCAGCAGACCCGGUUCUGGUGCCUGAGGUGUCCUGUACUUUGCCUGAUGAUGAUGAUGAUCUGCUCUCUGUACAGGGCAGUGCUGCCGUGGGAUCCACUAUCCAGUACCAAUGUGCAUCAGGAUCUGUGCUGAUUGGAAAUAGUGAGAAUAUCUGUCUUGAGGACCAGACGUGGCAAUACCCUCACCCCAUCUGUCGCCGUGUGGUUUGUCCUCCUCCUAAGGAGGUUGAUCGUGGACACCUGGUGGCUGUCCAGAGAACUGAAUAUGAAGUCGGUGACACAAUUUAUUACCUUUGCAAGAAAACCUUCUUGCUGGAUGGACCAAAUCAAGUGACUUGUCUACCUAAUGGGACAUGGAGCGCAGAGCCUGCUUGCCGGGCCCGCUGUCCAGUUCCAGCUCAACGCAGCAGGGUGAUUGUGGGAGGAAUAAAGCGCUGGCCAUAUGAUCUGACGGAUGGUGUGGUUGCUCAUGGAGAGAAUGUGACAUUUUUCUGUAAACAUCCAGAAAAACUGUGCAGCUUCACAGCAACGGAGGUCUGCGUAGAUGGACAGCUCAAGGCACCUAGUUGCUUCCUUGACCCUACCUGGCUGCAGUUCAAACUGUUCCCUCAUCGACUGGUUUCUGAAAUUGAUGCAUGUGAUCCUGCUGACCUUCAGUGAACUCAUCAAAUUAUGACAACACAUUUUGCAUGUUGGCACGCACAGUUCUCUCCUCACUCUGACAACUAUUUGGAGUCUGAAUCAACAUAGGCCUAAAUUAAUUUUCCACUACAUUUUUUUUUUUGGACUGGAUCUCACAGUUAUACCUCAUUUAACUCUUUUCUCUUCUAUUUGGUAUGUUGAAUUGACAAAGUUACCUUAAACAGAGUUUGUGUCAUAUCUGAUAUGCAGACACCCUCAUACUUGCUUGAGGUCGCGGUUGCCAUAAGCUGCUCUCUUGUAUUUUGUUGUCAUAUAAAUUGUAAAACUGCUUUUUGAGUUAUAGCAUUGAUGUUUAUCUUGUAAUAGUAUUUUAUUUCUUUGGGGAAAAAAAGUGUUUCUGAUGCAUUUGUCAAUACCAAAACCAAGAAAACGUAGGUCAAAGGUGAACUCUGAAAUCAUUAACUGAUCUUUGACCGGACUGCUUAUUGGAUUAUAAGGAAAGAGUUAACAUGGGAAUAUUAUAGCAUAAAAGCUUUGCUGAUAUACAGCCAUGCUGAAUUGUUGCUUUCAUAAGGAUUCAGUUUUGCAUUGUGCGAACUUCAUACUAAAUAAUCUUUGAAUGUAGUUUUUUCAUCUCUCUUGGCAUGAUUCUACAAUAAAGAAACUGGAAAAUGUUUGUUGAAAAAUAAAAAGUACUGAAUUUA